CCAAAGCUAUCCAAAGCCAUUUCUGUUCCUUCUGUGCUGUUGCUCCGAAUUUACCAAGGGAUGAUUGGGGCGUUGUGUACAAUGCGGUAUUGGUGUAGCGGUUGCUUCGUUUACUAAUCAAUGCCCGCUUUAUGGAACGCAGCUGAUGCCAGUUGUACGAUUCGAAAGCUAAUUAUCAGCGCUUGAAAUCUCCGACAGCAAGUGAUACGAUAGAGGCGGUGGGAUGAACUGCUCGCGAUAAGUCUUCGUUAUCGAAUUCGUGAUUUGGACACUGGCGGAACGGUAGUGAUACUACCGCGCAAGGAAUUCUAGGUCGCAAUGUCGCUGUGGAACAGUCCCGGAGGCAGGAACGCCCAAAACUACGGAAGCACUACGCAGGGCUUUGGGUCAGCUGCAAGUCCUUCCAGAAUGUCAAAUCCUGUACAGCGCUUCCACCAGCUUUCUGACAACAUCAGUUCGAAUAUCUUCUCCAUUAAUACUGCAACAUCAACUCUUGAACGGGCAACAAAGCAGCUUGGCACUCAGGCAGACACAGAAGCCUUCAGAGACAAGAUUCAUUUGACCCAGCAGAAUGCAAAUGCUACCAUCAAGAUGACCUCAGCCUCGUUGCAUGAUCUGGCUGGCUUAAUUGGACCUGCAGAUAAGCAACUGAGGCUUCAGUCAGACCGGCUCCGCAAUGAGUUUCAAGAGGUGGUGAAGCGUUACAGCAACUUGCAGAAAGAGGUAGCGACACGGCAGAGGUACAGCAUGUGUAAACCGGCCGCGGCACCUCGCACAAGGACCAGCGGCUGGGGUGGGCUUGAGGCCCAGAGAGAAGAAGAGGAGGCUGCACUAAUCCCGGGCCUUGAGAGUCCCCAGAGCCCUGUCCAGCAGCAGCAGCAUCUAGUUGCAGAUCUGGACUAUGAGAAUGCCCUCUUGGCCGAACGAGAGCGCCGCAUGCGACAGAUCGAAACGGACAUGCUGGACUGCAAUCAGAUAUUCAAGGACUUGGCUACUUUGGUCCACGAACAAGGAGAAACCAUCAACAGCAUUGAAGGCAACAUUGAGAGCACUCAGAUCAACACAAGUCAAGCUGUUGACCAACUUCGCAGUGCUGCCCAGUAUCAGAAAAAAUAUCGCAAGAAGGCUUGUUGCCUCCUCACUCUGGCCGUCAUCGGCAUUGCGGCCCUUGCUCUGGUCAUUUACUUCUCUGCCAGGUAGUCUGUCAAAGCCUGCGUUGUUUGCCCUCGAGGCAGCAUCCACAAGGUGCAGUGUUCAAAGACGAAUGAGACAUUGCGAUUAUGCUGAGCUGUACUCCCUUUCACCUUACGAUGGACCACAGUGAACGCUAAGAGUCGUUCCAGCCAGCCAGUCCAGCGCUGUCAAUGCAUCACAUGACUGUGCGCUUCAAACACCUCUGAGCCCUUCCUGAAGGUGUUAUCUGCAAUCGAUCAUAAGGUGAAACAAAGUAUGGAGGAUGAUCAGAUAAAGUUCUGAACCAAGUCAAAAACUUUAUCUGAUCUAUGAGCUGUUAAUCGUGAGGCAACAUUUUUAUUGCAUGUUAGGUUUGACUGCUGUUGAUCAAACAACUUGUGGACUCACAAAGCUCUUACAAUCUCUCUCUGGAUUAGAGGUUACACAUGCACACAUUCUUUAGUCCUCUUCUUGCAUGUGUUGAUGCAGCACUAAAUACAAAGGUUAUCCAGCUCUUCUGUGAAGGAACUAAUGUGAUUUAUGGUCAGACAUAUUUUGUAAGGGGCACAUGUUGUUUAAUUUAUGCCUGUGGUAUAUUUGUGCUUUUGACCAUGAUAAAUAAACCAGACCAAGAAUGUU